AUGGAUAUGGACCCGUAUGCAUGGUCAGUAUUCAAAAUCUGCAAAGGUGGGCAAAGUGGAUGUCGGUCUGCUGUACAGCAUAAGCCUAGCUAUCCGACUAUACCACCAAAAAAACAGUUUCUUAUUGCUAUAUGGAAAAUGGCCACUCCAGAUUCUUAUAGGUCAAUUUGUGAAAAAUUUGAUGUUAGCCGAUCAUCUGCAUUGAAGGCUGUAAGAAGAGUCACCCAUUCUUUAGCAAAUUUAGCUCCACAUUUUAUUGUUUGGCCAGACACAGAUAGAACUUCAGUAGUUAAAAAUGGGUUUUCAUCUACAAGUUCUUUUCUUGGUGUUAUAGGAGCAAUUGAUGGAACUCAUUUAAAUAUACGUGCACUACACAAACAUCCAGAAACUUAUGUCAAUAGAAAAGACCAUCAUUCUAUUCAAUUACAAGCUGUUUGUGAUCACCAGUGUCGCUAUAUACAUUGUUUCGUUGGAAAUGUUGGAUCAGUACACGAUCAAAGAGUAUUUCGGCUUUCUGAAGUGUAUAAUUAUAUAGAUGAUCCAUCAAAAUUUCCAAAUGAUGGCCAUAUAAUCGGUGAUGCUGCAUAUACAAACCAUGAACACCUUGUACCGAAUCGUAACACUGGUCAUUUGACUGAGAAACAAAAAAAUUUUAACUUCUGUCACUGUUCAGCUCGGAUGGCCAUUGAGCAAUCAUUUGGUUUACUGAAAAGCAGGUUUCGAAGUCUGCUUACGACACUUGACAUGGAGCGCAUCGACUUAAUACCGACAUUUAUAUUAUCAUGCUGUGUAUUACAUAAUAUUUGUUUGAUGCAAGGAGAUGAACUUUCGAAUUCCUUGAUACCACAACAAAUAUUUUCAGAAGAAACAAAUAAUAUUGAAUUUAGAGAAUGUGUAUCAAACCGUAUAGAUUUAUUAAAGCGUGACUCAAUUUGUGAACAAUUAAAAUAUUAA